AUGAGCCCGGCCUCCCAGGGCGGCGUGGAGGUGGAGCGUUACAUCGGCAGUUGUUUGAUAUCGUCGACCAUCAGGCCGGGAUCGCACAAGCCAAUCGUCGGUAGGAAACAGGAACCAGUGAUUCGCGGGAAAACGCGAGGCUGUUACGGAACUGCGAGUUUCUCGAGUGGAGCGGAACAAUGUCAGGUGCAGUACGGGCCUGGCGGUUGGACAGGCGCCCCUUUGAUAUCCAUGACAUUGGCUAUUCACACGCAAGGAGCGCCGUUGAUUCUAGCCAAUCGGUUUCACAAUCGCGGCAAGACGCACAACAGCGGAAACGCUAAUGGCGUUGCUGCGUGCAGCAAUACAGGAACGAUUAAUAGUUACGUUGCGAAUGGGCUGACUGCUGCCGUGGCGUCGAACUGCGCGAUGAACAACAACACGUCGAUGAGGUGUCCACCGUCGCGGCCGCAGAGGCCGAUCGAGCUGGCGAAGAAGCAGCAAGCCAACUCGAAAUCGCCCGAUUGUUCGACGACGAAGGAAGUCGCCAACACGGGGAACAACAUCGCGAACAUCGACUCGUUGAGCAUCGCGAGCGACGAAAGUUCAGGAUCGAACAAUUCGGAGAACAGUCUGCCGCGUAUCAUCAAGCCUCGGAAGCGUCGAAAGAAGGACAGGAAACCGCCGAACAAUGCGACGACGGUGGCUUCCGCCGAGGUGACGAAACACGAGGAACAACAGCAACAGUCGAGUGCCUCGGGUGUCGUUAACAACGAACAAUCGAACCCGGUGAUGGUGGUUUCUUUAAAACCCACGGCCUGUUACGAGCAACGUUACGAAGUCGCGCCACCGUUGCCGCCGCCGCCGCCGCCUCACCUUCGAAACCAUAGAAGGCCACCAAUAGCGAGGGAAAGGACAACGAGCAUGUCGGUGCAAGAGAUACCUGACGCGAGGCAUAGGUAUCCGCAUCGGCACGUGGAAGUGAAAGUGUUGGACGACAACAGGAACGUCGUGGUGCCGGUGCAAAUGCGCGCCAUACUGCCAAAGGGUUACAGACACAACGGCCAUCACCAUCACCAUCACCAUCACAACCAUAGUCACGUCGGUGGCGGUAACGUUCUGCGCUACCUGCACGAGUACAACGACCCGUCGACGACGACGACGACAACGACAACCACGACAACGACGACGACGACGACGACAGGCUGCGAGGACGGGAUCAACAAGGAUGAAUUAGGGCCGUGUCAGUGUCGAUAUUGCGAUCCCGCGGCUCUCAUAUGGGACGUGGAUCAGAACUGUUACUCGCCCUUUUUGACCCCAUCACCGUCCACCGAGUUCUGUCCUACCCACUUCACGCAGAUGCCGCUAUUCUUGUCGUCCCGGCCGAGUCUCGGCUGUCAGGAGCAAAGUAUGGAGAGGCUUUUCAACGGCGACAAUCCCCGAACCCAUCGGCAGAAAGACGUGAGCGGGAACAGCAGCAACAGCAGCACCAGCUCCUCCUCCACCGGUGUAGUGCAGCUGAGGCGCAGCUGGAGCGAUCCGACCAGUUACUUCAGCGAGGAGAUCGGCACACCUAGCAAAGACGUCGGCGUGAUCGGUGACAGAGGACAGAUCGAGACCGGGAAACGUCGAACGCUGUGGCGCGGUGACUCGAUCGGUAUUCCUGCGAGUGGUAGUAACGUCGCUGCAAUCAUCACGUCGCCGAACGGUCACCGGGACCUCGAGAUCAAAUUUUACUCGCCCUCGCCGAACGCGCCGAUACCCGAGGAGGAGAAGUGUGUCUUCGCGGAGGAGGCGGACGAGGACGAGGAAGAUUUCAGCGAUAUUUGGAGCUACCACGAGUCCAAGUUGCAACAGGAUUUCCGCACGUUGCUGCAAGCGGAAGAAUAA